GUGGCUUCAGAUCCGCCACACGGAGAGGAAGGGCUGAGAAAGUGACGAGGGCUUGAUGUAGGGGUUUUUUAAAAAGAAGGCUCGAGGAGUGUUUUAUUAUUUUUUAAUGAGUGGCACACCAAAGAUUUAAACACAGACACAGCCAAAAUGCUCUGCCACGUUACUCGUCCGGAUUCGGUGGUUAUGGAAGUGGAAGUUGAUGCGAAGGCGAAUGGUGAAGACUGUCUGAAUAAGGUUUGCAGAAAGUUGGGCAUAAUAGAAGUGGACUACUUUGGGCUGCAGUUCACUGGCAGCAAAGGCGAGAACCUGUGGCUGAAUCUGAGGAACCGCAUAUACCAGCAGAUGGAUAACGUGACUCCGUGUCGACUGAGGCUGCGGGUCAAGUUCUUUGUGGAGCCCCAUCUGAUUCUGCAGGAACAGACGAGACACGUCUUCUUCAUGCACGUGAAGGAGGACCUCCACAACGGUCACCUGCGCAUGGGCUCCGAACAAGCAGAAGAACUGAGUGCACUGCUGGCACAGGCCGAGUUCGGCGACUACAACCAAAACACAGCACAGUACUGGUACUCUGAACUGUGCGGAGAGGAGCCCAGCACGUCCACCACGGACAGUAUCAUUUCCAGACACAAAGCUCUGGAGGGCUCGAGUCAGGGCUCUGUGGAGUACCAGGCCCUGCAGCUGGUAUCCUCUCUGGAGCAUUACGGCGUGGAAUGGCACUGGGUUCGUGACGCAAACGGCCAACGAUUGGCCAUUGGGGUCGGACCGGAGGGGAUUGCCAUCUGCAAGGAGGACUUCAGCUUAGUCAACAGAGUAAGCUAUCCAGUCAUCCAGAUCGCCACCCAGUCAGGGAAAACUGUGUACCUAACAGUGACCAAGGACACAAGUGACAGCGUGGUGCUUUUGUUCAAGCUGAUCAGUAACCGGGCAGCCAGUGGACUGUACCGAGCCAUCACAGAAACCCAUGCCUUCUACAGGUGUGACACAGUUACCAAUGCAGUGAUGAUGCAGUACAGCAGAGACUUUAAAGGCCACCUGGCUUCACUUUUCCUCAACGAGAACAUCAACCUGGGCAAGAAAUACGUCUUCGACAUUCGACGCACGUCCAAGGAGGUGUACGACCACGCCCGCCGCGCUCUCUACAACUCCGGAGUUGUGGACCUGAUGUCCCGCUCCGGCAGCGGCGACCGCUCCUCUCCCUCGCGCUCCCCCAGCAGAGACGACCAGCAGGACGAGGAGCUGGACUGCGGAAGCUGCCAGCAGAGUCGAGCCCUGCAGGAGCGUCUGCAGAAGCUCAGAGAGGCUCUGCUGUGCAUGCUGUGCUGCGAGGAGGAGAUAGACGCCGCGUUCUGCCCCUGUGGACAUAUGGUGUGCUGCCAGACCUGUGCCAAUCAGCUCCAGUUGUGUCCCGUGUGUCGCUCGGAGGUGGAGCACGUGCAGCACAUCUACCUUCCCACCUGCACCAGCCUUUUGAGCCUGACGCUGACCGACAACCACCAGCAGCACCGCAGCAGCGUUCCCACACCCAUCCACAGAGAAAUGGCGUCCCCCCACAGCUGCUCGUCGACAGAGUUCGAACACAAGAUCUACCACACAUAAAAAGCGACUCCACCAAAACUCCAGCAUGAACUCUUUUUUUUUUUUUUGAGCCACACCAGCCCGCUUUCAAGGUCUCACAAAGAAGGAACAUUUCUCGUCCGUCUGAGAUACCAAACAUG